GAUGGUUGGGAAAAGGGUAAACUUUAAAAAUUAGAAAAAAAAAAUUGAAUUUUGCUUUAACCGGCGCUGAGUAUUUUUUUUUCUGUUCAACGUCAAAUAACAAUGAAGAUAUCACUUAAAUCAAACAAGAAUUCAGGAACUUCUCAAAAACCAAUCAAGCUUGUCUUUGCAAAUAAACGCAUUGGAAAAACAAAAGUUAACAGGCUUCAGAAGCAAAAGCCUUUACCCAAAGCUUUUGCACAAAAACUCAAUCACAAUUUUGAAUUGCUGCCUACAGAAGAAGAUGGUGAUAAUGUGGAAAUCAUUGAAGAAUACGACAAGUCCAAAUUAAAAAAAAAGAAACCUCUUAAAAAAUUAAAGGUGAUCAACUGUGAUAGAAAUGAAAAAUGGAAGGAGAAAUUGUUGAGUGAAAUUCCAGGGUUUAACAUUGAAGAAAAAGAAGAAAAAGAAAAAAAAGAAGAAAUGGAUAGUAAAAUGGAUAUCGAAGAGGAUAGAUCUGAUUCUACGAAUCAUACUAGCCACGCUGUUUCAUCAUUGAGUAACUCAUUGUAUUUCAAGGACAUUAACAGUAGACCAGAUGCUCCUUCAUUUGAUGUUUAUCAACAGGUUCCUGUGGAAGAUUUCGGUAAAGCAUUAUUGAGGGGCUUGGGAUGGAAGGGAGAUAAGGAAAACAGUAAUUCUGAAGAUAAAGAAAAUUCUUCCAGUAUGUUUCUAAAGAAUAUUGAAACUGCCUCUAGAAGAAGUAUUUUUCUUGGUUUGGGAGCCAAACCAUCAAGUUCCAAUAAGGGAAAAGAAAAGGAAAAAGAAUAAGACUAAGACUAAGACUAAGACUAAGACUAAGACUAAGACUAAGACUAAGAAUAAGAAUGUGAAUGAAAAUGAAAAUGAAAAUGAAAAUGAAAAUGAAAAUGAGAAUAAAAUAAAGAUAAUUAUGGAGCCAAACUAUGGAGGUAAAGAAUAUUUUUUAAAAAUUCAUUCAAAACUUUAACAGGUUGAACUGAUUGUUUAUGAAAGCUUU